AUGAGAAUAGCACUUCCUCUUUUGGCUCUUGCCAGGGCGGAUCCUGACAUGGGUUUUUUCUUUUGUGGAACAUAUGUUGGCUUGUACACUGCUAGAAUCGGUUCGCUGCCAGUAUCUGCCGACCUCUAUCGCUCUUUGAUGACUUCAGUCGAAGAAUCUGUCUGCGCUUCUGGAAGCGGUGGAACACUGUCGAUUGUCCACGGAAGCGAAGCCGCUGAGGCUUGGAAAUCUGACGAUACAGCGGUGCUUGGCGGAGUUGUUUUCAUCGGCGCUGGAGUGCCUCGUUCUUUCUGGCGACCAGAGAAUGACCCGCUCAGACCAAAGAGCUUGUCUUUCAUCGGCGAGCUCGAUGGAGUUUCUCGAGUCACGCGCGUUGGCGAGGAUCUCUUUCAUGGAAGCGCGGAGAAAAACCACGUGGUAAUUGUUAAUGGAGGAAACCACUAUGGAAUCAUGGACGACCAAGAUGUUUUUGACAAAUCAGGAGAUUUGAAAGGAGAAAUCUCUCUGGAAGAAUAUCUCGAAGAAUUCAAAAAGGCAUUUGAUGCAUUUCUCCACAACCUUGAUACAAAUGCUCCAAACGAUUACUUGACGAGGAAACGAAACGAAGCCGCCUCGAUGCUGGAUCCCUCUCUCAAGGCUUUUGCACUCGAGAAUAAUUACUACUACGGUGGCCAAAAUCAAAUUGGACCAGACUGGGAUCCAGAUCUUUGUCCUACUGUUUGGUCCGGUGAUAGAGGCCUCUGUGAAGAGGAUGGGGCUCCAUGGGGAGUUUUCGCACAGGCAUUUAGUUCAAAAUCUAUUUUGUAA